UCCUCGCCCUCCUCGCUCCUCUCCUCCACACGCACAAAACGCUCUAUCAUGGCGUCUUCCAACCAUGUUACCCCCACCAACUGUGGCUGGUGGCCCAUCUCCGCCAUGGACGAGGACGGCAAAGUCCCGGACGGGGACGAGUGUGAAGAGCCCACGACGGAGACCAAACCUUUCAACAAAGACAGGCUCGUUUUGUACCACUGGACUCAGUCUUUUACCUCCCAAAAGGUCCGUCUUGUCAUCCAUGAAAAGGGUCUGGUGUGUGAGGAGAGAGAUGUGAGCUUGCCACUGCAAGAGCACAAGGAGCCGUGGUUCAUGAGGCUGAACCUCGGGGAGGAGGUACCCGUCUUUCUCCACGGCGACAACAUCAUCAGUGACUACAACCAGAUUAUCGACUACCUGGAGACCAACUUUGUGGGAGACACGGUAGCACAGCUGAUCCCAGCUGCAGACUCGCCCGUCCACGAGCGUGUCCAGCAGUAUCGACAGCUAUUGGACGGCCUUCCCAUGGACGCUUACACACACGGAUGCAUCCUCCAUCCGGAGCUCACCCUGGACUCUAUGAUCCCAAAGUACGCCACCGCUGAAAUACGUAGACAUUUGGCCAACGCAGCAACAGAGCUGAUGAAGUUGGACCACGAGGAGCCCCAGCUCACGGAACCAUACUUGUCGAAGCAAAAGAAGCUUAUGGCCAAAAUCUUGGACCAUGAUAAUGUGAACUACCUGAAGAAAAUUCUGGGAGAGUUAGCGAUGGUUUUAGAUCAAGUGGAGGCCGAGCUGGAGAAAAGGAAACUGGAGUAUCAAGGACAAAAGUGUGAGUUGUGGCUAUGCGGACCUGACUUUACACUAGCUGAUAUCUGCCUUGGAGCCUUGCUGCACAGGCUCAAGUUCUUGGGACUUUCUAAAAAAUACUGGGAGGACGGCAGUCGAUCUAACCUGCAGUCUUUUUUUAUGCGUGUGCAAAAACGCUACGCUUUCCGCAAGGUCCUGGGGGACAUCCACACAACGCUUCUGUCUGCAGUGCUGCCCAACGCCUUCCGGAUGGUAAAAAAGAAGCCCCCGUCCUUCUUCGGGGCGUCCUUUCUAAUGGGAUCCCUUGGAGGCAUGGGCUACUUUGCCUACUGGUUUUUAAAAAAGAAAUACAUGUAGUGAAUGCCCUCACGGUGUGUUCAGUGUCUAUGUAUUUGUGUGACGUUUGAACUUUUCUGUAACAUUUGAUGACUGCAGGAAAAGCAUACUGAAUAUAGAUAACACUAAUAUUUAACUUGCCGACUAAAGAUAUAUUAAAACAUUCCAUUAUAAAACAUUCUUGACAGCACAUUUUCUGGUAGUCAAGGCCUUCAUAAUUUUUUUAUUUUUUUUUAUUUUUAUUUUUUGGCAUGCAACACUUAUACUAAAUACUUUAGUCUGCUCCAAACUAAUGCAGUCACACAAACAAGGGUUAAGUGACCUUGGAAUGCCACUACUCAUACUUACAACAAACAGUACAUGGUGUAUCGCCGCCGGUACUAUCCUGCUGUACGUAGUAAACAGGUUAACUCUAUCGUACAUCUCAAGAAAGCACCAUUUGCCCACAUAGAAACCCUACAUGCACAAACACAUACAAUUUAUUUAGAGCACAUUGCCCACUGUCACCAAACAGGAGUUCAUAAUAUCAUGCAGUUAAGAGUUAUGUAUGUGUUUCCUUUCUUGUCAGAUUUCACGGGGGGGGGGCAUUGAGCAUUUUUGCAAAGAAUCCUCUUCCAGAUACUUCUAAAUAUAUAAAGGCCCAGCAAUAAUGAGCAUGAAAAUCAGUGGAUCCCACUGCUGCUUCGUUGUCUUCAUCUUCAUUUUUAACAUAUUUACCGUUGACUCCUGAAAUGUUGGAAAGUUGAAAUUGGAAAAGUUGGAAAGGCUUUUUGCGGCUGUGCUUAUGUUUGUAGAUCGCCAUCGUUAACUUCUGAGGUACUGUGUUUCUCCAUGACAAGGAUCUCUCACUGCACAGCUUCUAAAUGAUUUACUGAUAGCAUCUCCACUGGGUGUAGGUGAUAAGCAGCAUGCUUUCAGAAUUCAUUAAAGGGGACCUUUUGUGUUUUUUUCACUUUUCUGACCUAUAAAUGCAGUUAGAAUGUUGUAUUCUCUUAUUAAACUAUGCCAAAGUUUCAGAUAAUUAGGUUUUCGCAUUUGGAAGUGAGCCCUAAAAGACGUCUGGGAUGGCUUAAAAUGCUUGGUUUGAAGAGGCGUGGUAAAACUACCCCUUUGUGAUGUCACAGAGGGGCGGAUUUCCUUAUAUGGUUCAUAGUUAGGAAGCACUUUGGAUGUGUGACCACCCAGAAACAGGCCGUGGGUGGAAUAAAUUAAAACACCAAUAGGUGUAUAGGUGACUAGGUGCAGAUUCUGGAAAAUCCAAAAAGUUUUCUAUGCGGGAUAUUGUGUGUAGCUGCUCUACAGGACACCACAACUCAAUACAAAUGGUUGAAAAUGAGCAUAAUAGAUCCCCUUUAAGGAAAGCCUCUGCAUCCGAUUUCAUGUUCCCAUUGAUUCUCUUGGCUUCAUAUCUUUUAAUGAUGGAAGAUGUAAGACUUCUUUAUGGAUGUGGAACACACAUCCAACUGUUCAUGCACAAAUAAGGUGAUUUAAAUGUAUAACGGAUGCGGAACAUUUCAGUGUGAUCAUGCCAUCUCGUUAUUGAAUUUGCAACUUCAAAUUCAAAGAGAAACGAGGACACAGCAAGCGGCUCUGAUUCAUUUUAAUUACUGGAUUAUUUGCAAAUCCACUUCUUCGGGGACUGAUUGGGACCCCCUACUUCACACAGUCAAGAAGUUGUAUUUGUGAUGGUGGCUGUUAUAUCUCACUAUAGUAUUUAUUUAUUUUCUACUUGAUUUUUUUUAUAUUUCUAAAUAGAUGCAUUUAUUUAUGGUGCUUUUUAUGAUGUUUGUUCAUAAGCCUUAAUUUAUUCAGUUGCCAUCAAUGACAAAUAAAUCUAA